AUGACCAAGUCGCUUUCGACCAACCCCGCUAACGACGUCGUCAUCGACGGUAAAAAAUACAAUACUUUCACAGAGCCUCCUAAGGCCAUGGCCGCUGAGCGCGCCAAGGCUAGCUUCCCCGUCCGCGAGAUGACCUACUAUCUCGACGGCGGUGAGAAGGUCACUGAGUACAACGAGGCAGUAUGGGAGCAGCUUGAGCGUGCCCCUGCUUUCGACAACACCGACUAUUACGAUGUCUGUGGUGACCACGAGCUUUUGCGUGCCCGCACCCUUGCCAAGGUCGGCGCGAUUGCUGAGAUUGUGACCGACGGUCGCAGCGAGCGGGAUAUUCAGAAGGUUCUCUCCUUUGUUUCGGUCAUUGACCCCGGCGCCAUGACCCGUAUUGGUGUUCACUUUGGCCUGUUCCUCAACGGUGUCCGCGGCUCGGGUACCUCCGAGCAAUUCAACUACUGGGUCGGUGAGGGUGCUGCCAACCUCAGCAACUUCUUUGGCUGCUUCUGUAUGACCGAGUUGGGCCACGGCUCGAACGUUGCUGGUGUCGAGACCACUGCUACCUUUGACCGCAAUACCGAGGAGUUCGUUAUCAACACCCCCACCAUUGCUGCCUCCAAGUGGUGGAUUGGUGGUGCUGCCCACACUGCCACCCACGGUCUUGUGUUUGCCCGCCUAAUUGUUGAUGGCAAGGACUACGGUGUCAAGAACUUUGUUGUUCCUCUCCGUGACCGCAACACAUGGAACCUCAUGCCCGGUGUCUCCAUUGGUGACAUUGGUAAGAAGAUGGGCCGUGACGGUAUUGACAACGGUUGGGUUCAGUUCUCGAACGUCCGCAUCCCCCGUCUGUUUAUGAUGAUGAAGUAUGCCAAGGUGUCCAAGGACGGCAAGGUCACCCAGCCUCCUUUGGCUCAGCUCGCUUACGGUGCUUUGAUUUCCGGUCGUGUCUCCAUGGUCUACGACUCUUACACAUGGGCUCGUCGCUUCCUGACUAUUGCCAUCCGUUACGCAUGCUGCCGUCGCCAGUUCUCUUCUAGCCCUGGUGGGCUCGAGACGAAGUUGAUUGACUACACUUUCCACCAGCGCCGUCUUUUGCCCCGCCUGGCCUAUGCCUACGCCAUGAACGCUGGCUCUGCUGAGCUCUACAAGAUCUACUUUGCAGCCACCGAUCGUUUGGCUAGCACCAAGCCCACCGACAAGGAGGGUCUCCAGUCUGCCAUUGACGAUGUCAAGGAGCUGUUCUCGGUCUCUGCCGGUCUCAAGGCCUUCUCGACCUGGGGCACUGCUCAGAUCAUUGACGAGUGUCGCCAGGCAUGCGGUGGUCUCGGUUACUCUGGCUACAAUGGCUUCGGUCAGGGUUACAACGACUGGGUUGUCCAGUGCACUUGGGAGGGUGACAACAACGUUCUUACGUUGUCCGCUGGCCGCUCUUUGAUCCAGAGCGGUCUUGCUAUCCGCAAGGGCGAGCACGUUGGUGCUGCUGCCAGCUACUUGAAGCGCGAGCUCAACGCCAAGCUCAAUGGCCGCAGCCUCGAGGACCUCAACGUUCUUAUCGACGGUUGGGAGCACGUCUCCGCCGUCGGCAUUUCUCAGGCCGUCGACCGCUACGUCGAGCUCGAGAAGGAGGGCGUCUCUCAGACCGAGGCCUUUGAGCGCCUCUCCCAGCAGCGCUACGAUGUCACCCGUGUGCACACCCGCAUGUACCUGAUCAAGUCCUUCUUUGAGAACCUCAAGACUGCCAGCCCGGCUCUGCAGCCUGUUCUCACCGACCUUGCUCUUCUGUUCGCCUUGUGGUCGAUUGAGAUCGACGCCAGUGUGUUCUUGCGCUACGGCUUCCUCGAGCCCAAGGACAUCAGCACCAUCACCGUGCUCGUCAACAAGUACACCGGCAAGGUCCGUGAGCAGGCCAUCCCCCUCACUGACGCCUUCAACCAGAGCGACUUUGUUAUCAACGCUCCUAUUGGCAACUACAACGGCGAUGUUUACAACAACUACUUCGCCAAGACCAAGGCCGCCAACCCUCCCAUCAACACGCACCCUCCCUACUAUGAUAGUGUCAUGAAGCCUUUCUUCACCCGCAAGUUCAACGACGACCCUGAUCUCAGUGCUCUUGAGGAAGAGGAGGCCGAGGAGAACGAGUAA